CGGCAGGACUUCCACGAAGUAUAACACCUACUUACUGUGUAUGUUGAAUUCCUGGAAGCAGGCGAAAUCUUAUUGMCGCAACUUCSUAUUAUAACGAUAUUUUGAACUUAAAGAACUCAAAUUUUCGAAAUAACCCUCGGGACAUCAUAUUUUAAUGAACUUUUCCGAAUGAUAAUUUGAUAAUUGUCCUAAUUAACUGUAUGAUUCAACAUGAAGUGUUAUCUUUGUUCUAAGGACAAGUUACGGAGAGAGUUUCCAUUCGAGGCACUUACUGAAAAGUGCAACCACGCGCCUUUACAUUGCUUAAGGUGCACAACAGAGUAUGUAGAAAAGAAUCAUCGCUGUUCAAUGUGUGAUAAGCCAGUUGCAAUUGACAACCCAACUUAUCAAGAAUGUAUUUACACACUUAAGAGAAUGUUUCCUGAUGUUGAGGCUCCCCAACCUAUCCCAAGCACCACUGCAGGUGCACCCAGUACUAAUCAGACUAUCAUGGUGUCAGUAAUGGGUGGCGAGGUGACAGUCGUACAGUUUAAUCCAAACAUGACUGUUGUCCAACUCAAGAACAGGAUUCAAGAGCAUUUUAAGGUUAAACCAGAGCAACAAAGAUUGYUGUUUCAGGACAAAGAGCUCAAGUCCUAUAAGAACAACUCCCAACUGGCAACUCUCCUUGACUACAAUGUACAGCCAUCUUCAACAAUUAACCUUGUUGUUGUCCUCUACAACAUCCCUGAUUCCUUUGACGAAGUCAUCUUUGAUCUGUUUUGGGGAUACCCCUUUUCAGGAAAAGAUUAUUUAGAUGCUUCAGUGUUACUUUACAGUGGGCCAUAUUUUCAAGAAGUUGUAGAUUAUCACAGACGACACAGCAAGACCUGCUCAGGUGUUCGUCAUUCUGGAGAUGUAAUGGAUGAUUACAAUCGUAAAGGACACCACACCAUAAGAAUCAAAAUCAAAAGUUUACCAGAGAAAAUCAACAAGUUAUUUUUCACCUUGAGUGCAUGGAAUUCACCAAACAUUUCCAAAUAUCCCAACCCAAGUCUGAAAUUUUUUGAUGCACGAUAUCCAAAGAAACAGCUUUGUGAUGAUUCAUUGACACAUGCUGCAUAUUCUCAAGCUAUCAUCAUGUGUAGCAUGUGUAGGAUUGAUGGAGAAUGGAAAGUAUUGAGCUUAAAGCGUCUCUCGGAUGGGAAUGCAAAGGAUUACAGCCCCAUUCAGGGCACCAUUCAAACACUGAUUCAAAAUGGCUCAUCAUAAUCAAGAACUGAUUGCCUCUGAUUGGAAUUCUGCAUGAUAACAUAACAUUUACCUAGCAAAGUAAUGAAACAAUGCAAAAAUAGUAUCUAGAGUGCUUACACUAUGUCCAUGAAAUAAAACCUUAAGUAACAAUGCGCUAAAGAACUAGGGAACUCUCUAUUGUUCUGUGGCAUAGCAAGUUCCCCAUGUACGAAUGUCUUGGUUUUCACACUGAUUAUGUAUUAACC